AUGUCGUUAGAUACAUGGAAAGUAGAAAAAGGAUUAUGCCGUUGUUGUCAUGCUGACGGCAUUCAUACUAAUCUAGCGGAACCUCAAUUACAAAAGGGACAGCAAGAGAUCUAUGCGAACAUUAUGCAGCAGUGUUUUAACAUUAAUCUUCAUCCGGUACAAGGCCCAUUAUGCACCAUCACAUAUUCAAUAUGUGACCUAUGCGCACAACGGUUGCUCGAUGCAUACAGCUUCAAAAAGCAAGUGAUGCAGUGUGAGGAACGAUUCCAUAACCUAUACAACAAGAAUAUGAUCAAAUUAACAUCAUCUUAUGAAGUAGAUAUAAAAGUCGAGAUAUCCGAUGAAGACGUCGAAGACGUUUUGGAUGUGAAGCCUGUCAUUUGUGUCCAAGUUGAUGAGAAUAAUGAUUUUGAUUUCAACAAUGAAGAUGACGAUGGUGACGAUAGUAAGGAAAUGCAACUGGAUACAGAGGAAGAACAGUCAACUACAUCCCAACCGAAAAAGCCGAAGGCCAAACCGAAGGCCAAAGGCCAGACCCGAAAGUCUGAACGAUCUGCGAAAGCCAAGCAAGAUAAGGCGGAGAAGGCGAAAAAAGAACUCAGACUCCUGCCUGAUGUCGCUCAUUGCGUGGAAGUGAUCGAGGAUAAUGGCAAGAAGAAGCUCAAAUGCACCAAGUGCUGGGUGGAGCGUCGUUACGCACACGACAUGCGCAGGCACAUCGAGUCUGCGCACAAAAACGAACCAGAACUGCAAAUCUCAACUGAAGAUAUGGCCGAUUACACAAUGUACGAGAAGGAGGGUAAGAAGAGGUACGUCUGCAACAAGUGCGGAGUGGAGCGAGCCAGCGUUGACACUAUAAGAAACCACAUGGCGAGUCUACACUUCAAUCUUCUACCUUACCACUGCUCGCUCUGCGAAGAAAAAUUCAGUUCGAAAGGUCCUCUGGCUAGGCAUUUAGCCAGCGUGCAUUCCAUGAAACAGAUGACCGUGUGUCAAACAAAAGUUCUAAAAUCCACAAAGAAGGCCAUUUGCGACAUUUGCAAAAAGGAAUUCAACUGCAAAUCACUCCUGAGCAUUCACAUUAGAACACAUAACAGCCCUCCUAAGUGCCCUGAAUGUUCCUUAGUCAUGAAGCCUAGAGAAAUGGCGUUCCACAGGAACGAAGCACACGGCGUGCCUUUGCCGACUUGCGGCAUUUGCGGGUACAGAAGCCACAAAGAAUAUCUCGUGAUUAAGCAUCAGAGACAGGUGCAUUUGAAAGAGAGGAAUCUUAAUUGUCCGAAAUGCAACGCCAAGUUUUUCAAUAUAUCUCACCUUAGGAGACAUUUGAUUACGCACAAUCCUGUUAAGAAAUAUGAAUGCAGAUUUUGUAAGAAAACAUUCCCAAGGUUGGGCACUAAAAGAGAGCACGAGAAAAUACACACGGGCGUGAAAAACAAAGUCUGCUCUCAAUGCGGCGAUAGGUUUGUGCAGAAGGCGAGUCUUAACUACCAUAUGAUGAAGCAUCACCCUGAAGUCGCUUAUUAG